AUUCAACUUUUACAACAAAUUUCUAAGAAAUAUUUUUAAUUUGACGAGUGGUUUUUUUCCAAGCUGUAAAAAUUGGUAACAUGUCAAGCCAAGUGGCGGGUGCUGUCAAAGCUGGCGGCACCCCUUUGAGCGCGGCUAACCCGAAUGCCACGGGCGGCAGUAAAGAUGACGACAAUGGCGCAAGCAAAGACGCUGGCGCUGUCGUCACACAAGCUGAUGCUGUGCCAACUGAACUAACAAAUGGCGUCAGCGUCCAUGCUUUUGUGCCGAAUGCCACGUCGGGUGGAAGAAAAGCGGGCGGUGGUACAGCCUUGUCUAAGGCUCCGGCAGCCAAUCAUGAGACUCAGUUUUUCUUCGAGGACGAAGUGUUCCGCAUCGACCGCAAGGGGCGUGUGCGUUUUGGCGUCAUAACGGAGACUCCAGAAUCGUAUUCCUCGGACGAGGAGGAUGACACGGACGAUGUGUUGGGCAGGGGUGAGGUCCGUGUCGCCUUUUAUCCGGAUGGCAAGGAAAUUGUGCAGACAGAACAAUCGAUUGGCCUAGCGGAUCGCACAUUAAUGCCUGGAGAUGUGGUGCGCCGUCGCUUGCCUGGACAAAAGGAUUUGACUGGACAGACUGGCUAUGUGCGUGACGUGAGCGUGCGAGCAGAUGUUAAGGUGUUGGGAACCAAAUACAUAAUUAAGAACGUGCCGUCAGAGCGUCUGCGUCAGAUUUCUGAGUGGGCUCGUGAUGUGCCCGUAUGUUUUGGCACUUGGAUCGGCACCACCCUGUCUGUCGAUGAGUCGGCCGUACUAAAGUCAGCAAAUGGCGCAUGCCUGGAAAUUACAUCGAACGAUUUUCACAAGUUCAAGGAUGUCUAUGGGCCAAGUGUUCGUGAUGUUUUUAAUCCAAAUGUCUAUUAUCCUGGCAAUAUCGUUAAGGGGCGAUUGCCUCCAUUAGAUCGCGUUAAAAAUUUAACUCCUGAGAUAUCAUUGCCACCUAAUCGCAAAUACCGCUCUGUUUACACCGUUGAAUCGGUGAAAACAACAGCUAUUACUGUGGCUUGGACUUGCAAAGCCGUAUCGCAUUGUGAUAAGGGAAAUGAUACGGAUCCGCUGAAGCAGCCGAAGAGCUGCAUCAAGGGCGACGAUCUGGUGAACGUGAAGCGCUUAAAUCUAUACGAAUCCUACAUGUUGCAAAUUCACGAUCGAUUCUACCUCAAAUAUUCGAAAUGUGAUAAACUAGACAAAUUAUCCAAUUGGGAGGCGGAGCAAGCUCUGGUGUACCUUGCAAUCUUUCAACGUCAGCAAAGCGAUCUAUGCAAACAAAACGCAGCCAACGGCAUAGAUAAUACGCCCUCAACAGCAUCCGGAUCACGAGUGUCGCGCCACGGGAACAAGGCCCGCAGAUAUGCCACCAAAAACAGUAUGAUGAGAUUGCAGCGCUCGCAAGCAUCAUCCGAACAUUUUAAUAUGAGUGCCACCACAACGGUAUCCCCAACAAAGGUGCAAAGUAAACCUGAAGUCUCAAAAACGGAUGAUAUCUGGGACUCGGUGGAAGAAGACGAUGAUGAUGAGGAGACACAGGAGCCACAGGAUGCGCCGGACGCAGUGACCGAAGUGGUUGAUUCAAUGGAGACCGAGCUAGCUGAUCCCACCAAUGAGGAUUCAAUCGAAGCAACCACGACCACAGCGUUAAGCAACGCUGCUCCAUCGCAGGUGGCUCGCUUCGCUUCGCGCUAUGCGAAGCGUCGUCAUGUCAAAAAGAAAAUGCGUAUGAAGAAGCCACUUGCUUCGCCUUUCGCCAAAAAAGACGGUGAUCCCAAAGAUGGUGAUGAACUGGUCGUUGAAACACUAGUCGUAUAUAGUACCGUGACAGUGGUAUGGCAAGAUGGCACCGUAGAACCAAACGUACCGUCCACUGAGCUCUAUCCCAUACACCAUUUGGACAAUCAUGAGUUCUUUCCUGGUGAUUUUGUUAGCAAGUCUAACGAUUGUGGUCCCUCGCAUACAGACUACGGCGUGAUUCAGUCCGUUGACCACGACGAACGUAUUGCCAAAGUGAAAUGGUUUAACAUUUAUGCUAACAUGGAUAACCCUAUACCAUCUUGCAAGGAAGUUGAAGAGCUUAGUGUCUAUGAUAUAAAGGAUCACACGGACUAUCAAUAUCGGCCUGGAACUAUGGUUAUACGUGUUUCAAACUUCACGGGAGAAGACCUCAAUUCCACGGCCGGCCAAGUGAUAGACAACUUUCCCGAUGGGCGUGUGCGCGUUUGGUGGGCGAAAGGCCACAUUACCAUGUGUUAUCCGCAAGAUCUGUUUGAAAUAAAUCACAGCGAUCAGGACCAGGAACCCUAUGAGUCAGAUUGCUCGGAUGAUUCGUGGGAGACGCAAUCAGAUGGCAGUGGUUUAAAUAUUAGCCUCAACUCGCUGGACAGCGAGGAACACAUCAUUUCGGGUAUAGACUCGGCCCAAAAGGCUUUGAAGCGUCUAGAAAAAUUAUUCCGCGUAUCACCGGAACAAAAGAAAACCACAGUACUAAACGAUUUGGUUUCUAUUUAUAAGAACUGUCGUUUUUUGGACCGUUUGCUAGGUACCAAGUUCUUUCAUGAGGAUAACUUCCAGGGAAUAGUGCGCCGAAAAGUGUUAAGCAAGACCUGCUCCCAUCCAACCAAAGAAGAUGAAACAAUGGAUCUUAAGCCGUCAGUCAAUCUUGCGGCCAAUACCAAUGUCACAUUGCCCGAGACAACAGAAACCGAUGCAACAAAGCCCGAGCCAACAGCCCAGUCCACACCCAAUAAGGACAAGUCUUUCCAAGGUAUGGGACAGUUCGAACCAAUGCAAUGCGACGGAGCUGUAAUGCGACGCGAAGAUGAAUCCGCGGAAUUUUCGGAUGAAAGUGAUAAGCUUAUUCUUGAAAAUGUAGAGCUCUCAGCAAGCGAAACGAAGUUAACUCACAAACAGCUCAUUUCCAAAUACCGCCUCGAAUAUGCAACCAUGUUGAACACGGCUCGCACGAGUAUUGCCAAGGCUUUCGAGAAAGGCAAGCAAUGCAAGAAUGAUUCCGGUGUUAGUUCGCGAGGUGAAAAUACCUCGAACGACUUCUCCUUUGUCAAAGAACCAAAGCAGAAAUCUGAGACACUUCAUGCUACCUCUGAUACGAGCAUCGAGUUGAUCGUUAGACAAGACACAAGUGUGUGUGAAAUAUUUUGCUUCCUGCUUAACGAGCAUUUGGACAAAUGUCGCGAACAGAUCGAGAAAAACUUUGCCAAGUCGAAGGAAAAAGACAUUGAUGAUGAAGAUGCAGUUCCUAGCGAUGAAAAAUCAGCCAUGAGUAACAAGUCCGAAGAAGAUCUCGCAGUUCCUAUCUCCAAUAAGGAGAAAAAUGAUGAGGGUGACGAUGAUGCACUUGAGGACGCAAUUAACUUGAACGGACAUUGUGAAUCGUUGCCAUCGCUGGACAGUCCUGUUGCCUGCUCAUCGCCUUCGCAAAUCUUAGACUUUACGCCUAUUAGUGAAAAUUGCUUUGUGGUACAACCAGGUGCUCCACCUAAUCACCACUUCUACGCCAACAUCAUACACCCAAUGAAUCGGUCGCAAUAUCAGCGUGCCAUUCAGCGUGAGUAUCGGAUGUUGCAGGCUUCGUUGCCACAAGGUGUGUUUGUGCGCGCCUACGAAAAUCGGAUGGAUUUGAUGUCUGUCAUGAUGGUUGGCCCUAAACGUACGCCAUAUCAGAAUGCGCUCUUCUUCUUUGAUUUCCAAAUGGGUCGCGAAUAUCCGAAAAGUCCGCCCACAUGCCAUUAUAUAAGCUAUUGCACCGAACGUCUCAAUCCAAAUCUAUAUGAGGAGGGCAAGGUGUGUGUAUCGCUCCUAGGCACCUGGGCCGGGCGUGAUUACGAGGUCUGGUCGCCUGACAGUACAAUGUUGCAGGUGUUGGUCUCCAUACAGGGUCUAAUACUUGUCGAUGAACCCUACUACAAUGAAGCUGGCUAUGAAAAGCAACGGGGUACUCAGCUGGGCUGUGAAAACUCUCGUGUCUAUAACGAAAUGGCUAUUAUAAAAAUUGCACACUCCACAGUAAAGCAAUUACAGAAUCCUCCCCAAAUAUUUCGCAAAGAGGUACUUGACCAUUUCAGGGAGUUUGGCGACGAGCUGCAUGGUCGUAUGCAGGGCUGGUCGGACUUUUCGCUGGAGGCGCAACGUCUAAAAGUGGCCACCAUUGAUGAUAUGCCUAAGGAGUACAAAGAACGCUGUGAUCUGCCCGAAUUUCCCUUGUUGCCCUGCAGUCGUGGCUUCUGUGUGGCUGUGAAGGGCGUAUUGACCACAAUGAAAAACGAGCUAAAUGUCUUAAAAAAUGAGAAGCCAAUGGCGGCCGCACCGCGUGCCGCGCCCGAAGACGUUUAAUAUGGAUGAAUGGAUGGUUGCCGAUUAUAACAUUCAAAUGAUCCCAGGCAUAUACCACCACUUUCUGCUUUGUACAAUAUCUUUGCCUUCAACUCGGUGCCUACCACACACAAGACUGCGCACCCUGUCCAGAAAAUAGUUGGACCCGACAAUGGGCAAAAGCUUUUACUUUAAGCUUUAUUUUAUAAUGCCAUAUACAUACUCUCGAAUAUUCUCGAAUAUCUGCAGUUAAACACAUGGCUAAUAGGCCUUUUAUUUAGAAUUUUAAUCAAAAAUUAUUUUGAAAUGCUUAUUAUUUUCAAUCUUAAUUAAAGGAAUCUCCAAAUUGCCUCUGUGUGCUUUGUCUAGCGUAAAGUUGAGUUUGAAAUGUAAGCGUGAGAAAUAAUAAGCCGAAGCCAAACACUAAGCAUUGUUUUGUUUAAGUUCUUUGAUAUUUAAACAGUCGUCCCAGUUUAUGUUGGAAAAGCUAACUCCUGCCUUCAUUAUGUAUUUAUGUAACUUAUUAGUCUAGAUAUAAACGAUAUUAUAGAGAUAUACAUUCCAGUAGUUUUUAGCCUAAGCACCUAGCAAAAAGCAGCAUUAUCUCUAAUGUUAUCACAUAUUUAUGUAAGACUAUGUGAUUCAAAAAUAAUUGCUAUACAAAUAGCUUCGAAAACAUCGCUUCGAUUUCAAUAUUAGAAAUAAUACGUUUAGAGUAACGAAACUUAAGUAACAAUUUGUUCCAAAGAAUGGGAUACCAAUCCCAAAUAGAUAGCGGGCUUCAAGAGGCGUUUCGAAUUUGAAAUCGAUAUGUUGGUUUCGAAGACUAGUACAAGUACGAGUAUUGUAAAAUUUUGUUAUUAAACGGCACCGAAAACUGCUAUAAAAACGAUUAGAUAAAAGUAUUUGUGAAUAAAUAAGCAACUUUAUUUGUGCAAAAUUA